CCGGGGUGGGGACCCCCGGCACGACGGCUCCGGCGCAAGCCCGGAGCCUGAGCAGCAGCCCCGGCUGAGGCUGGCAGAGCCUUGGAUGCUGACUCUUCCCAGGAGAUGGACAGAGUCACCCGGCACUUGGUGUUCCAGCUCCCACAGAGCUUGCAGAAGCAGGACCAGGGCGAUGCUGCCCCGGCCGGCUCCUUGGCAGAGCAAAGAGCCGAUAGUGACGAUGACGUGUUCGGCAGGCAGAGGGUGGAGAAUGGAUACGGCUGGAAAACGACAUCAAAGGCACCCUCGUACCUCCUGCGUGGUGGCAGAGACGUCUGGAGCCCAUCGCCGGACAGGGAGUCCAAGCUGGAGGUGGUGAGGUCAGGGAGCCUGUACGACCUCAGGGCUUACCGAGAGGAGAGGAAACCCUCGAGGCUUUACGAGGAGGAGGAGCAGGAGCAGUGCAGGGUCCCUCCACCACACAUCUCCCCUGAGAAAGCCAAGGAGCUGGAGGACCAGAGGAGGGAGGUCAUCCGGAGCCAGGUGAUGCGGAAGAGCUCCACCAUGGCCGAGAGGUGGAGCUCCAUGGAUGAGCUGAGCUCCAUAAGCCAGGGUGAAGGCAGGCACAAGGGCAGCGUUGGCACCAGCUUUGCCAUGUGCUUUGACAAAGCCUCCCCGGGGAGGGCAGCGACACCGGCUGACCCUGAGAGCAUCGACACGGAGCAGAUCAACUUCUCUGCUGCUCGGCAGCAGUUCCUCAUGCUGGAGAAGGCCAACCCAGGCUCCUUCUUCAGCCCAGAGCAGCAGACCAUGUCUCCAAAGAUGGAGUCGACAACAAAAGUCUCCAGGCAGGAGUGGCACAGUCCUGAGAUGGCCACAAAGGCUGCGAGAGGUUACGGUAACGCUGAUGCAUCCAGCCAGAGCGGGACGGACAAGAGUGUGUACCAGGUUUAUAGUGUGUCCUACAAGACACCUGGGAAGGAGGAGGUUUAUGUUCCCAGAAAGGCUGAUGCUGGAAGGUCACAUCCCACCAGGAGAACAUCUGGCUUCACCAAGGCAUCUUCCAGAGAAGACCUGGACUCUGGCCUGGGUGAGAUGUACAACGAAGCCAGCGUAGGCUACGCCAGUGACGGAAGCACAUCUGGGGUCUUCAAUGGCUCUGUGGACAUGAGGGCCGGCAGCAAUGGCUUGGACAAGGAGAUGAAGACCAGCAACGAGACACCCAUCGAGCGGGAGAUCCGCAUGGCGAUGGAGAGGGAGGAGAACCUCUGGAAGGAGAGGGGGAUCCAGCGGCUGACCUCCAGCAGUGAGCUGGUGGAGAUCCAGACCAAGCCGCUCCUGUCCAUGCACACCUCCCCGGGCCCCGGCAGGAAAGGGAAGGACAAAGGCCGCGCUUCCCUUUAUGUCCAGAGGGAAAUCGAGCAGGAAACCAAGCGCGAGGAAGACCUCAAGAGGCAGGGGAGGCUGCUGGGGACGUACGACCGGGGCACACAGCAGGAGCUGGACGAGCGCAGGAGGGUGUUCGAGCAGGAGGAAACCCCUGUGCCGAAGCCCAUUCCCUCGAGGAGCUGGGGUCAGGAGCAGCCCUCAGGCCCUGCAGAAGACCCCAGGGGUGCGAGAAGCUUUCCCAGCUCCACAGGGAGCAUCCCGCGCUUCCCGGCAUCCAGCACCAGUGAGAAGAGCUGGGAGCAGCCCUCCGUGUCCCAGCGCGUCAAAUGGGGGAGUGAGGAUUCCCAGGGAGGAAGGCUCCUCGGCUCCACCCCGAGCCCCACCGGCACCGCUGUCCUGCCCAGGGAGUACUUCUCCUUGUCCUUCUGGAAGCCCAAGGUCUCCUUCGUGGACGAGAUGGGGACGCAGAGCCCGCUCCGGAGGGAGGAUGGUCGGGAUGAGCAGUACAGGCUGAGGACCUGGAAGCCGCAGACGUCGGCGCUGAUCGAGGAGGAGAUCCGGAGUGACCUGCAGAGGGAAGAGGAGCUGCAGGAGCAGCGGCGGCGGCGGCAGAUGUUUGAUGGCUGCUCCCAGGAUGGCUCCCGCUCGCGGCACAGCUCCGCUGCCUCAGGUGCCAGCGGCAGCUUCUCGGUGUCCGGGUCUCCUGUCUCCACUCCCACCUCGCAUCAGGUGGGAAUCCUGGGGCUGGUGUCGUCCUUCACCCCGCUGAGAGUGGCCGGUCCCCCCCCAGGCAGCACCGAGACCCUCGGCCCCGACUCGACCCAGUCCAGCCCCUUCGAGGAGAGGAGGAAGAGGGUGAAGGAGGAUGGAAAGUAUGCAGGUAUUGAACCCGUUGACAAGGUCAACACAGAGGUUGUGGAGAGCACCCGAGUGACUCGCCACAAGAGCGCCAUGGCCCAGCGCUGGGAGGCCGGGCAGUACGUGCGGGAUGAGGACUGAGGUGACUGCGGCACUGGGGCCACCGGAUACACUGUGUGCUGCCUGGUUUGGGAUCCACCAGCACAUGAUCACUCCCAACCUGUUAUCCCGAGAAUCAGAGACUUGUACACUGCAAAUCGCAUCAUUUUAAUGUAACUGAUGAUCCUUCCAAUGCUCUUUGGUUCCCCAUCCAGUUGAGAUAAUCACCCAGAUCACAAUCACUCUGCCAGGACACAGCCGGAUGAAAUCAGACGGUCACUGAGCUCCUGUCUCCUUGGAAGUGCUGUUUCUGGCUUAUAAAAAAGCGAUUUUAUUUC